GGGAGAGGCCGCUGUGUUCUGCAGACGGGAGGGCCGGCGAACUGGAUGCUUCCCCGCCAUUUGGGGUGAAAGAUGGCUGAUUUUUGCACGAGGCUCUGGGUGCUCCAGGCCAACCUCUGGCUGAUGGCCCUCGUCACAGGUGGGACGUCAGCAAACAAGAACAGCACCAUCAGCAGCACAGGCGGCGGGUGCCCUGUGGUGCAGCAGCACCCGCGGUACGUGGCAGCCAAGAAGAACAUGCCCGUCCACUUCAUCUGCUCCUCCAAGGACCCCGACAGCAUGCAGUGGUACAAAAUGGUGGAGAACAGUAACGACAUGCACGAGCUGCCCGACUCCCCCCGCUACAACAUCGAGAGGGAAGGCAAAUUCAUCAACUUCACCAUCUUCAGGAUCACCUACGAGGACAACGGCAUCUACGUGUGUGACAGCAAGAACCUCAGGGCGGAGAAGAAGCGACCGCACAGGUGCGGGACGGAGCUCAGAGUGAUGGGUCACAGCAACAUCCAGCAGAUCCAGAGCAGGAACACCCUGAAAGACGCCAUCAUCAUCAUCCAGUCCAUCCUGCUGGUCGUCUUCAUCAGCGUCCCCAUGCUCCUCUUCCUAGAUAAAGGUGAAGGCAAGGAAAGCCCGGAGGAGGACCACACCUACGAGGGCCUGGAGGUGGAGCAGAUGGCCACCUACGAGGACAUCACUCCUUUCCGGGACGUGAAGGCCAAGUGGACGGUUGGGGAGCACCCGGGUGAAGAGUGAGGGGUCCUGCGCCCACCGCCUGGCCGGCACCGGUGGCAUGGCUCCCUGCCAGCACCUUGCCGGCGCCUGCGGGGAGGGGCCCCCGGUUCCUGCCCUGGACCACGGCUCUGAUGGGUGCCCGGAUCCCGGGCUGCAAACCAUCUUCAGCAGCCUUGCGCGGAACUCGGGUCCUGCUGCCCACCAAAGGCUGCCCUGUCGCUCUCACCGCCCCGCUGAUGAACCCCUAAAGCCUAUGUAGAAAUUAGAAGCUACCUGCAAUCCCCCUGGUAGCGAACUGGCCCCAAACCCCGGGCAGCCCCACACCACGGCGCUGAGCUCCUGCAUGGUUAAUGCAAUGGAAGUACCAGGGUGGGUGGUGGGUCUCCUCCAGCCCUACCAUCCCUGGUAAGGAGAGGACUGGACAUGAUCCCUCUCCAUCCUGCAAGGACCCUCCUGGGCUGUGAGACCCCGCUGCAGCCCUGGCAGAGGAGCCGAGGUGAGCAAUACCAUGUGGGUUUUACAAGAAGUGGAUUUUGGGCCACUGUUUAGCUCUUCAGCCACGGACGUGUCCAGCAGGCCAAGCUGGCAGUCAUCUAAAAUGGAGGAUCCUCCAAAAGAACCUCUUUCUCCCCAAAGACUACAGGAAAAGCUGGGCAGACAGCUGUCACCCAGAGGGUCUUGCGCAAGUCUUGUUCCUCUCCAGGCAAGAGCUGGCCCAUAUCACAAGGACGUCCCCUUGGUGAGGGCCAUGUCCGAUCUCAGAACCUACGGGAAGAAUGUAAAUUGUGGGACUCAAAUGUCCAUCUGCUUUUUCAAGCCCUAAUAAAGAUAACGGGUAAAUUCACAUCCUGCUCCGUCCUGCCGUGCCCGGUCGGGGGGUGUCCCAUAACCCUGGUGCCAGGGUUGGUAGGAUGGAUGCUCUGGGAAUAAGAAGCAGCUUUUCAUAGGUCUAACUUAGGUAGAAACCACACUUCACCUCCUCAGGGCUCCGAGCGUAGGCAGGGAUGGAAAGCCGAGAGCAGCCGCGGGGUUUUCCUGGAAGCUCUCGCUGAGCACGCACGGGGGGACCUUUGUGGUCCC